AUGUCGCAGUCGCAAAAAAGUCCAGCAAAAUCAACAGUAUCUCAAGCCGCUUCAACUUCUUCAUAUUUGGAUGCUCGAGCAAAUCCAACAAUGUCGCCUAGAGCUAGUAUAGCUAUUCAACAAGCUUUCAAUGAUCUUGGAAGAGUAGCCAAUAAUUGUUAGUUACGAAACAUUCUAUUUCCACAAUUUCAGUAUUGUUUUUAGGUUUGGUAGUUCUUCGACAACUACGAAAAGAUAUGAAAAAGACACAUGAAUUGAUGUUUGAAACUAUUGCAAACAAGAAGAAAAUCGAAAAUAAAGAAAAAGCUUAUAAAGAACUUGAAGAUUUCAAUAUAAAAGUGUUAUGUAUGCAAAUAUACCUUCAUAUUCAAUCAACUCGUUUACCCGAAAAACAUCCACAACUCGAAAUGGUUGAUAAUAUGGUUGAGAUUUAUGGAAUGGAACAUUUGAAUCCAGUUACUUCAAUGAUUGAAAGUAUGAUUGAUGGAAAUAAUUGGAAUGAGGGACAAUGGCAAUACUUUCAUUAUGAAUCUGAAUUAUUGCGGAGACAUUUGACUCAAGGAAAUUCGACGUUGAGACGAAGAAAGUUGAUUGAUAUCAAGUUAUCGGAUCCGGAAAAUUCGAACCAUCGUGUAUAUCAAGUUUCACUGUCUGGUCUUCAAAGGGAGAUAACGAAGAGAAAUUUGGGCAUUUAUCCGAAAUUGAUCAGACGCACUUUUUCAUCAACUGUUGUAGAGGUAAUUUAAAUUUGCAGAGAAACUUUUUCUAUAUUGCUGGAAAUAAGGCGGAAAAGUUCACUUCUUGAAAAACUUAGAGAAAGAUAUUCAAAUAUGUUAACUUUAUCAAAUCAAAAAAAGCUAGAACACAUAAACAGUCAAGUUUGCUCUUCUCAUACAAGACUUAUUUGUGUGUACUUCUCUCGGAAUCCAAACCGCAACAGCUCUCCCUAAUUGAGUUUAGGAUUGCCUUAAACUAAUCCACGUUAAUUAUGUUUUUCAUUAGCAGUGAUCCUUCAAUUUACCCAACCUUUUUUUCAGUUUCGAUUUGGUGUGGCUAUUGCAAAGGAGAAAAAAGAAGAAUCCAAAGAACCCAAAGAGGCAAAAGAAGGGACUGAAGAAAAAGAUAAGGAAAAAGAGCCGGAAAAAGAAAAAGAACAGGAAGAUGCUUCUGAAAUUGCAGUACUUUUCAAAUUUGUGUUCGUUGAAAAAAAUGGACACGUCGAAUAUAUCAACAUGUAUGCUCCAAUGGAAGAUUGGGUUUAUGACGAUGAUUUUGUCAGUAAAACUGUGAGUGUUUCUCUUUUAUUCAGCAUGAAUAUUUUGUUUUUUUUUCAGAUUUGUCCAUAUGUCCCUUCUCGCUACUCGACUUAUCGAGGUCUUACUCGGCAAGCCAAUCAUUUUCUCUAUCGUUACUUUGCAGUUCAAAAAAAUUGGACAGCAUGGUCCCUUUUGCAGUUUGUCUCAAUGUUUGGAAGAUUUCGAGAUGUUUUUGAUGCGAAAUGUACAAAGUGCAAGUAAGUUAUUUAUUUCUAUUGUUAUUGAUUUUUAUAAUAAUGUUUUAGCAAACAUUUGAAAAACUUUUUGCCUCCAAUGGUGUUCGAACUCCGCUCUCCUCACAUCGCAUUUCACGAAGCUUGCAGAUAA